UUAGGCUAUUAGCUCUGCCUAUAGUUCUCGUCUUCAAAUUGACUUCAAGAACACGUUAUUGGAUUUUUAAGAUCAAACCCUUGAUCUUUGAAUUUUAAUAGCUUCAUCAGAUUCUACGUUUCGAGAACUAAAUUUCUUAGUUUUCAAUGACUAAGAAGACAGGAGAGGGAGCCACGUCAGAAUUAACUGAGCUACGAAACCUAAUCAUUGAGACGCAGACAGCAACGCAAUCAUCCAUCCAACAACUAGGCGAUGUAGUAGGCGCGUUAACAGCCCGCCUCGACGCCUUGACGACACGUUUAAACCGUCAAGCCCAACCCCUCGUUCAUGCUACACCCCCACCACCUCAGCAACAAUUUACUCCACAGCAUCAUCAACCACUGCAACACCCACCACAACAUCACCAUCAACACAAUCCCGCUCCAUUCCAACAACUUCGACAUCAACAACCUGUACCUCCCGUAACCGAGUUCGUUGCCCAACUACAAUUCCUUGAGCUGCUUGACAAUGUGAUUGUUACAGCUGGUUACAAGGCUAUUCUCCACAUUCAUGAGGCCGUCGAGGAAUGUGAGAUAAUUGAACUGAUAAGCCAAAUUGAUAAGAAGACUAGGAAACCCAUGAAAAAAAAGUUAUUUUUUGUGAAGAAUGGUGCUGUUGUUGUCUGCCGUAUACAGGUUACCAAUCCAAUCCGUGUUGAAAAAUUCUCAGAUUUCCCGCAACUUGGAAGAUUCACUCUACGAACUCAUGAUGAAGGAAAAAUAAUUGCUGUUGGAAAAGUGACUGCGCUCUCAGGUGUUUCCUCAAGCGCUUGAUCCCAAUUUUGUGAGAAAAAAGGUGAGUGGCUAGGUUUGAGAGUUACUGCUGCAGAGAGGUGUUAACCUGAGACCGUUUUCUGAAAAAUUUAAAAGCUAGCUAGAAAAGAGUAUUAUUUAUGACGAACAUGAGUGAGAGUUUUUACUUAUUUUUAAAGCUAAAUUAUACAGUUACUACUAUUGUUAUUACAUUACCCCCUUUAGCUACUAUUGUUCCUUGAUGCUUGUCAUGAAAGUACCUUGUUUCUUCCUGUCUUUGCUCCAUUCAACCCGACUGAUAUGCAGCUUUGGGGUUUGGUUUGCAUGGGUCGUAUGACAAGUGCGUGCUUUUAAGCUCUCAGUGUAACGUAAAUCGAAUAAGGAUUGAAACUUACGGUGCACUGAGCUUUAAUAAGGGUUACAUUAGUCA